CAGCCCAAGAGGACAUCAGAGAGCAGAGAACCUAUUGUUGAAGAUGCAGGCAGACGAAUACAACCGCAGAGGUAAGGAACUUGUCAAUUACAUCACGGAAUACCUGACCAAAAUCAGAGACAGACGGGUCGUCCCAGAUGUCCAGCCCGGAUACAUGAGGAAACUCCUCCCGGACAACGCGCCCAUUGAACCAGAAAACUGGGACAAUAUUUUUAAUGACAUCGAGAAAAUAAUUAUGCCGGGGGUGGUGCAUUGGCAGAGUCCCCACAUGCAUGCCUACUUCCCUGCUCUGACUUCCUGGCCGUCCUUGCUUGGGGACAUGCUGGCUGAUGCUAUCAACUGCAUUGGAUUCACCUGGGCCUCCAGUCCAGCCUGCACUGAACUAGAGAUGAAUGUUCUGGAUUGGCUGGCCAAGGCAAUGGGGCUGCCCCCCCAUUUCCUGCAUCAUCAUCCCGACAGCAGGGGUGGAGGUGUCCUGCAGAGCACGGUGAGUGAGGGCACUCUGUUGGCCCUCCUGGCUGCCAGAAAAGCCAAAAUCCUGGAACUCCGGGAAUCUGGGGACGAUGCAGAUGACUCCAUACUCAACUCCAGACUCAUUGCCUAUGCAUCUGACCAGGCUCACUCUUCAGUUGAAAAAGCAGGUCUAAUUACCAUGGUUAAAAUGCGUUCCCUGCCAACGGACGAGCAGUUCUCCUUGCGGGGAGAAACGUUGCAAAGUGCCAUUGAAGAGGACAGGAAGAAAGGCCUCAUACCAGUCCUGCUCUGUGCUACUCUGGGAACGACGGGAGUAUGCGCCUUCGACUGCCUGUCCGAGCUGGGGCCCCUGUGUGCCAAGGAAGGGCUGUGGCUGCAUAUCGAUGCGGCGUACGCUGGUUCUGCCUUCCUCUGUCCGGAGCAGCGGGGCUUCCUGAACGGCGUUGAAUUUGCCGACUCUUUCGUCUUCAACCCCUCCAAGUGGAUGAUGGUCCAUUUCGACUGCACCGCCUUCUGGGUCAGGGAUAAAUACAAGCUCCAGCAGACCCUUAGCGUCAACCCACUCUACCUCCGGCACGAGAACUCCCGCGUUGCCACUGAUUUCAUGCACUGGCAGAUUCCUCUCAGUAGACGCUUCCGCUCCCUCAAGCUGUGGUUUGUGCUGCGUUCCUUCGGUCUGAAGCAGCUGCAGGAGCACAUCAGACAGGGCAUCGAGAUGGCAAAGCUGUUCGAGUCUUUGGUCCGAAGUGAUCCUAAUUUUGAAAUCCCCGCUAAGAGAAACAUGGGACUGGUGGUGUUCUGCCUGAAGGGGGGAAACGCCCAGACCGAGGCGCUCCUGAAAGCACUGACCAAAUCUGGCGCCAUGUACGUCAUCCCGGCCUCCAUCCAGAACAAGCUCAUCAUCCGCUUCACCGUGACGUCGCAGUUCACCACACGGGAGGACAUCCUGAGGGACUGGGCCAUCAUCCGCGACACGGCCGCCGCCGUACUCGCACAGGAGGCCGCCGGGGACGCCUCCGCCCGCCUCACGGGCGAGGCCGGGCGCCAGACGCAGGCCCCAGUGACGGUGGGGCCUACCGAGCAGCACCCGCCCGCGCCGCCUCCAGCCGAGACCGAGCGGGCGACAGACGAGGUCUUCGACGUCGGCAGCCCCUACGCCAGCUGCGGUCAGAGGUCCGGCCGCUCGCUGAGCUGCACCGGCGAGCCGCUGACGGACCAGCAGCACGCCCGCGUCCUCAAGCUGCUCUCCAAGGAGGGCCUGCUGUCCCGGAUCCCGGAGAACGUGAUGCUGCUGGAGAAGAAGGCGCUGAGGAAGCUGACCAAGUUCUACAGCAUGCCCACCUUCAUGCCCUGCGGGCCCCUGCAGCAGUGCGCCGGGCCCUGCGGCAUCCAGCUCUUCCACAAGCCCUGGCUCACCUGCAGCCGCGCGAACGCCGCCCUGCCCUGCCUCAACCUGCAGCGCUAG